UCGUAGAUUCGCAGUCGAGGUUGUUGUGAGCGAAGCGUCAAGGCUCAUCUUGAGGCUAGUUUGGCGGGAUGGAGGCCGAAAGUAUGGUGUCCGGGCCAUCGACACCUCGAGAAAAGCGAAAGAAGACCCGUAGUAAGCCUCACAGCGCCGUCAAAGAGGGGUCCGGCUUUACCCCGACUCUGGCUAUGGACCUUGAUCCACUGGUCCAAGCGAGCUCUUCCAGGACACCUCAAGCUGUCGAGAAGACCUCAUCAUCUCGUAAAAAGAAGCGGUCCAAGGGUACACUUCCCGCUGGGGAACCGGCUGCCGCUACACUCGUCGAUAAGACUGGCAAAGACCAGGCAAAGGUUGAUAAAGUCAAAAAGCGAGAGAAGAAGGAGAAGAAGCUGGCCAAGAAAGAAAGGCGAAGGGAAGAGAGAGAUAAAGGAAAGAGGAAAGAUGAGGAAGUAUGGGAUUAUGUCCCGCUCGCUCAAGAUCAAGCGUCCUCUAUACCUCCCAUCUGGUCCCGAGAUCGAAAGUUUUACUUCACAGUCUCCCACACUUCCAUACAUAUCCAUUCAUCCACCGGUCCGACGUUCAAACGGCUGUCAACAUUGUGUUCCACUCAUCGCGAAGGACAUAGGAAUCGAAUCACUGGCAUUCAACUGCACCCGACCAAUCCAUUUCAGUUGAUCACUUGUGCUCUCGAUGGCAAUGUCAAAAUCUGGGACUGGAUGGAGGGAAGAUUGAUUCAUACGAUUGAAGUCGCUCUUGGAGGUCACUUGAAUCAUCUCUGCACAGGACAGGUCGACGGAAAGUGGUUCAUCUUCGCCACGGCCGCCAUUCGAAAAGAGGGUAAAUCCCCCAAGCCUGAUGGUUCUCACCUUCGUCAUCGUGUUGUCAGACUGAAUCUUCCGCAGUCAAAGAAAGUCGAUUCGGCAGAACCAAUACGACAUGUCGGGAAACUCUCUGUACCGCCCUCGGCCCUAUUCAUCUCUCCCAGUAACUCGUACCUCGUGGCAUUGGCAGGCAACAAAGCUUACACCUAUCGCUUGCCAUCCUCGACCAUUGAUCCAGCGUGGUCACCGAAAUGUGUAAAAUUCGUUUCUGAUCAAGUCUUCACCUGUGGUUUGUUUGCGCCUGCUUCCUCGUUGAAUGAUUCAGACGACGAAGAAUGGUUUGCUACGGGGGACGUCAAGGGCAUGAUACGAUUAUGGCACGGUCUAUCUACGGCGUUCAGACAGCUGGAGGCCAUCCGCGAUGGCGCGGAUCCAAGCCCUGAACAAGAAAAAAGAUUGCCAACGACCUCACUGCAUUGGCAUGCGCACGCCGUCGGAGCAUUGGCUUUCAGCCCGUCUGGCGCUCAGCUCUUGUCUGCUGGUCAGGAGAGUGUUCUCGUUCAGUGGCAUCUGGCAAGUGGAAAACGCGAGUACAUCCCGAGAUUAGGCGGACGAGCCAUCAUAUCCCUAGCGGUGAAAGACGCCAGUACCGGUACUGAUGAGGAAUGGUGGGCAGGCAUGGCCGACGGGACCAUGAUUCGGAUCGGAGCGUCUUCUGGUCAAGUUUCAAAUGUCGGUCAAGGCGUUCGCCUGGAUCCGCUUCGACCGAAGAACGCCAGUGCACCAUAUCCAUUGGCUCUGCAUCCACCAUCCAAAUCAGUCGUUCUGCCCUCAUCCCAUCCCUCCACCCUGCAGUUUGUCGAUCCAAUCUCAUCGACAGUUCAAUUCAAUCUUGAAGUGUCUCCCUCCAACCGUGUCUCGAAGCGGGAUGAAAAGGAGCUGGAGCCUAUCGCCGUCGAUUAUGUAGCUUUCAAUGAUGCCAUGGACAAGACGCAAGGCGACAGAUGGAUGGCCACGAUCGAAGGGAGGAAAGGCGAUGAGCAGCAAGGCGGAGGAUCUGUCCGGACGCUCAAAUUUUGGAAAUGGCUCGGAGAUAGGUAUGCCGUCAACACACAAUAUCCACAACCGCAUGAUUUGGACGACAUCGUCUCGCUCACAUUUGCACCCGCACGAUCUUCGGAUCUCACUGCCGACCCGCUUCUUUUGACUUGUUCAACGAGCGGUACAGCCAAAAUCUGGAUAGUCAGGCAGGCCAAACGGAGUAGUGAGAGCAAAGCCGGCAAGAAGCUUUCGAUUGUUGAGAAGUUUUGGACCUUGCGCAAUACGUUCUCCUACCGUGACAUGCCUAUUUACGCCGCUUGCUUCUCUCCAGAUGCAACGAUAGUUGCUCUGGCACACGGAUCAGUUCUCUCGCUAUGGGACGCGCAAACCGAUGUCUUGCUCAAAACCUUGAGUGGGCCCCUCGAGACGCGUCAGAUGUCUUUCAUCACAUCUGACGGGCGAUAUCUGGCGACUGCUGGGUUUCGAUCGGGCUUAUCAGUUUGGGAUCUGCUAUCCUGUCAAGCUGCAUACACGUCCGACACCAAAGUGUCUAGACUCGUUGGCAUGCCUUUGCAGGACACGUUCGUCAUCGCUGCGCCAUCGGAUCAUGAACUUUGGCGCACGACACUCUCCAUCUAUAAUGCGACCGCCUCCAAUCCUAUCCGCCAAGUUGUUGUUCGUGCCAAACUCGCUCGUCUGAUCGCCCUGCCUGGUACACAAGGAUCAGACCAGCUCGAAUUCCUGGGUACGACCUUGACUGGUGAGGUCUUGCGCUUUGGAGACGAUGUCUCUUGGAGUCGAGGACGCCAUGCCAGAGUCAAUAAGAAGGAGGAGAGAGAUACGUCCAUAUGGCAGGAAAUGUUUGGCAAAGAGGCUUUCGUGAACCUGGACGACACUGCGGCAGCUACAGAGGCAGCAUCGAGCGAAGUUGUGGCGAGACCUCCUGGCCGUCCGAGCGAAGUAUUCGAUGGACCUAGUCACACCCUUCCUCCACCCAGUCUGCUUUUCGAUUCUUUCAUCGAUCAGCUUUUAGGCUCAUCGGAUAAACCGACCAAGGUCAUCACUGUCGACACUCAGCCCGGCAUCACUUAUAGCACCGGUACUCCUAUCGAGGCCUCGGAAACAUUUAUGGUGUCGAACGCCCCAGAAGUCAAGUCUAGGAAAGUGACGGACCAAGAGGUGAAGGAGAUCCAAAAUCUAUUUACAGAGAUCCUUAGCUUGCCGACAUCGAUCCCUGCUCAGCCUGCGUCGUCGAAACUUCCAAAUGGGCACGGGCCUGGGACACCUUCGAAAGCCAAGGCGAACGGCCACGUUGAGGAUCAUUCGAUGACCGAGGAUGCACAGACCGAUGGCUUGAGCACGUUGUCAAAACAAGCUCGAAAAGUUAGUCGAAAGUUGUCGACCAGAGUCUCCCAAGAAAACGCUGUCAAUGGUGCUUCAGCAGCGAGCGAUGCGGAAGCUGAAGCUCAUGAAAGCGUGGUAGUGGGGAAAAAGAGAAAGGCGGCUUCGAGAAUGUGAGGUUUACGAUCAUUUUUUUCGCAUAUCAUAUUCUUCAAGAGAAACGCAUGGUCAUCUUGCAUGUCAAAACAAC